GUGGCAAGUUCACCGAUUCUGGUCUAUAUUUUGGAAAACGCAUCCGCGCAGCCUCGUAGUUGGAUUGAAUAUUCCGUGGCGAUCGGUUCGAGAGAUAAACUCGAUUAGACAGAUCUUAUAGAUAGACCGAAAAAAAAAAAAAACAACAGCAACAUGAGCAGCGUCGAUGAAGAUCUUACCCCCGAGCAGAUUGCCGUGCUCCAGAAGGCCUUCAACAGCUUCGAUCACCAGAAGACUGGCUCGAUCUCGAUCGAGAUUGUGGCCGACAUCCUGCGCCUGAUGGGUCAGCCCUUCGACAAGAAGAUCCUGGAGGAACUGAUCGAGGAGGUCGACGAGGACAAGUCUGGUCGCCUGGAAUUCGGGGAGUUCGUGCAGCUGGCUGCCAAGUUCAUCGUGGAGGAGGACGCGGAGGCCAUGCAGAAGGAGCUGCGGGAGGCGUUCCGUCUGUAUGACAAGCAGGGCAACGGCUUCAUUCCCACCACCUGUCUGAAGGAGAUCCUCAAGGAGCUGGACGACCAGCUGACCGAACAGGAGCUGGACAUCAUGAUCGAGGAGAUCGAUUCGGACGGUUCCGGUACAGUGGAUUUCGAUGAAUUCAUGGAGAUGAUGACCGGCGAGUAAAUAAACGCACUGCGACUGCCACCCACUCAGCCACCCACCACCCACCACCCCUUGGAAAAACUCCCAAAACAUAGAAAAAAAACACACACAACACAACACACACACAUGCACACACUACACACACCUGUUGGGCACACGUUUGUUUGCUUCUAUUUGCACGCUUUAUUUGCAUUUUCCCCAUUUUUCGUUUCGAGGGAGCAAACAAAUCCACGUACUUCAGUUUGACAAUGCCAAACACGAAUAGAAAUAGAACUUUUGUACUACUUUUUUAUACUAAAAGAGCAACGGAAUACUGUGUAUGCGAAAAAAAAAUAAAUGUUAUGCUAUAGCAAAAAAAACCCAAAACAA